CUUGCCUAAGGUUACCCAGCGGGCCACUGGCAGAGCCAGGAAUUGAACUCAGGUUCCAUCAGCCCCAUAUAACAUAGCUAUAACUGUACAGUCCUGCCAGUGACAACCAUAGUAGCAGCAGGAGCCUCAGGCUCUCAGUGCUGUGCUUGGACAGUGCCUCUACCACUAGUCCAGAAUAAGAGCUAUGCCUAAUGCGUGGACAAGAACUACAGCUGGUGUAAAUUGACAUAGCUCCAUUAAAGUUAAUGCAGCUACAGUGAUUGAGGAUCUGCCCCUGUGCUUUUAAGUGUUUGACUGGAAGUGUGGUAAAACCUGGAUUAUGAAUGGCAGAGUCAGGGAAUGGAAGUUCAUGCUCCUUUGCUGAGUUGACAAGUUUCAUCUUCAAGAAAAUUUAGAACAGAACAAAUUGACUGGUGAAGCUGUGUGUUCCUAAUCUCAGCCUCCACUGGGAACAUGUCACUUGUCCAACUUCUUAGCACGUCUCCAUUCAGCCUCAUCAAAUAUGAAUCACCCUGGAUUUAAUACAUUUUGUUGAUUCCAACUUUAAGAGUUUAAGCUGAUUUUUCUGAGGCAACAGAUUUACUGAUGAACUCUCAAAAGACAUCACAAGUGCCUGGAAUGAAUUACUUGGGUCAUUUUGUUAUCUGUGACAUAUCCAACAAAGUUUAGAAAGAGAAACUGUGAGUGGCUGGAAUUAAUUCCCUGAAGCAUUUUGACAGUGAGAAUUUUUCUCCUACAUGUUACUACUCCAUUUCCAAACAUCUCUUUAUAAAAAAUGGCAGAAAACAUUUAGAUUAUUUUUAAACCUGUUUUUUAGGAUCCAAAAAGAUACCCUCAUCUGAGGGAUUAUUUUGAUGGACUUUGCCAGGCCAGCUCUGAAUAGUAAAGGCUUUAGUAAUUGGCAAGAUGUCCACCAAGGUUCCAAUCUACCUGAAAAGAGGCAGUAGGAAGGGCAAGAAGGAAAAACUCCGAGAUAUCCUUUCUUCUGAUAUGAUCAGCCCCCCCUUGGGAGACUUCAGACACACUAUUCACAUAGGGAGUGGUGGGGAGAAUGAUAUGUUUGGGGAUAUUUCUUUCUUGCAAGGGAAAUUCCACCUUCUACCAAGGACUGAAGGUAGCCUAGAUUCUGACAGGGGCAGCCACUGUGGAGUGCCAUUUGAGUUCUCAAGGACUGCUACUAUCUCUGGUCAUGAGCAACCAUUUUCUGAAGCCCCCUCGCCACUCUUAAAGAAUGCCAUCUCACUGCCUGUCAUUGGGGGUCCACAGGCUCUAAUGUUGCCCUCUACCCAGGCCCCACCAAAGCCACCAAGGCUGCACCUUGAUGAUAAAGUUCAACCAGCUCUGCAAGGCAAGGAAGCUGUGGCAGAACUGACUUCAUCCAAGGACAGCAGGACUUCUGAACCUAUCUCUCACCUCUGCAGCCCCAAUGAGCUGUUUGCCAUCCCUCAGAAUGGGUUUGUUGAAGAGAAAAAUAAGGAUGAGUCCUUUAUGUCCCAUGCUGGUUCCCUGCUCUCCCUCCAUGUGGAUCUGGGGCCUUCUAUCUUGGACGAUGUCCUUCAGGUCAUGGAUAAACACCAAGCUGGGAAAGUGAUACAAGAUUCUGGCAGGCAAGAAAUCCUGACAUGAAAACUAAAGGGACUUCCGUGGGGAAAGACUUUAAAAUGUUGAGUUUUGUAGAUAAGAAUUUUUUCCCCAAUAUGGAAUAUGGUUAACUGGGCCAGCUUGAAUUAGUGAAUUUUAUCCUGUUUGGAAUCCCAAUUGUGCAUCUUAUAGUAAUAGGGUAUUAAGCUUUUAGGAGUGUGUUGCUUACUUUUCACCAAUGCACAUCAUACUGAUGGGUUUUUUUUAUGUUGCUUUCUGCAGGCCUUUGAAUGUUGCUCAGUACUGAAAAAUGUAUGAAACUAAGAUAAGUUCAGUAUCAGCAAUAAAUUGCCGCUUAGCAAUAAGACCUCUAACUUUACUGAUAUGAAUAAAUUUUAAGGGAUAUGA